AUGCAGAAGAAGGAGGACGAUGCCGUGGUGGAGACAGUGGAGGAGGCCGCGGAGCCCGCCAAGGCAGACAUCAUGGGGCUGUGCCAGGACAUGUUCUCCAAAAUGGCCACGUACCUGACGGGCGAGCUCACAGCUGCCAGUGAAGACUAUAAACUUCUGGAAAAUAUGAACAAACUGACUAGCUUGAAGUAUCUAGAAAUGAAAGAUAUUGCAGUAAACAUAAGUAGAAACCUAAAGAUCUUGAACCAGAAAUAUGCAGCACUUCAGCCUUAUCUGGAUCACAUCACUCUAAUUGAGGAGCAAGUAGCAGCUCUUGAGCAGGCAGCUUACAAAUUGGAUGCAUAUUCAAAGAAACUAGAAGCAAAGUACAAGAAGUUAGAGAGGCAAUGA